UAUUAAAAUACAAGCAAUCUAACUCGUAAGGAUUUUUUCGUUUCCUCUUAUCACAUUCGGUUUCCAGGUAAUAGGGAUAUCUGCAAGAACUCAUACGAUAAUGAGUAGCUCAACGUCAACGUCAUCGCCAUUUAGUCGUAGUAGGACACGUUUAGGAAAAUAUGAAUUAGGCAAGACAUUAGGUGAGGGAAGUUUUGCUAAGGUCAAGUAUGCCAAAAAUAUACAAACAGGUGAAAAUGUAGCCAUCAAAAUCAUCAAUCGUGAUCGCGUCCUACGACAAAACAUUAUGGAACAGAUUAAAAGAGAAAUAUCAACGAUGAAGUUGAUCAGACAUCCAAAUGUCGUAAGGAUCUUUGAGGUUAUGGCUAGUAAGACGAAGAUCUAUAUUGUCCUCGAGUAUGUACAUGGAGGAGAGCUCUUUGAUGAAAUUGCUAGACAUGGAAGACUCAAAGAAGACGAAGCUAGAAGAUACUUUCAACAGCUUAUUAAUGCCGUUGAUUACUGUCAUAGUAGAGGUGUUUUCCAUCGAGACUUGAAGCCUGAGAAUCUAUUGCUGGAUUCAUUUGGUACUCUGAAAGUUUCAGACUUCGGAUUGAGUGCACUUUCCAAGCAAGUUCGAGACGAUGGACUGCUUCAUACUGCUUGUGGCACACCAAACUAUGUCGCGCCUGAGGUGCUAACUGACAAAGGCUAUGAUGGUACAACAACUGAUGUCUGGUCCUGUGGAGUCAUUCUCUUUGUUCUAAUGGCUGGAUACUUACCUUUUGAUGAACCAAACCUAAAUGCUCUAUACCGAAAAAUCCUUAAGGCUACUUUUUCACUUCCACCAUGGUUGUCCUCCAGCUCAAAGAAUCUGAUCCAACGUAUUCUUGACCCGAAUCCACUCACAAGGAUCACUAUUCCAGAGAUACUCGAAGAUGAAUGGUUCAAGAAAGAUUACAAGCCGCCUCCUUUUGAGCAAGACGAAGAUGUCAAUCUUGAUGACAUUGAUGCCAUAUUCAAUGGCUCGGAGGAUCAUCUCGUUACAGAAAGAAAGGAAAAACCUGCUUCUGUCAAUGCAUUCGAGCUCAUUUCAAGGUCAAAAAGUUUCAACCUAGAAAAUUUGUUCGAAAAACAGGCCCUUGUCAAGAGAGAAACACAAUUUACUUCGCGGUCGCCUGCUAAUGAGAUUAUCUCCAAAAUUGAGGAAACUGCAAGACCAUUGGGAUUCAGUGUCCAGAAGAAAAAUUACAAGAUGAAGUUACAAGGCGACAGGACCGGAAGGAAAGGCCACCUUGCUGUAGCAACAGAGGUGUUUGAAGUAGCACCCUCAGUGCAUUUGGUUGAGCUCCGAAAAACUGGUGGUGAUACAUUAGAGUUUCAUAAGUUUUACAAGAACUUCUCUUCAGGAUUAAAAGAUAUCGUCUGGACAACAGAACAAACAACCGAACAACCCUCUGAAGAAAAAGGGUCUUAACAAGUGGUGGUUAUUGCAACGAGAGUUUACACGAAUAGAGAUACAUUGUAGAUUUAUCGAUAAUCCAUUGUUUCUCUAUCUGAAUUUUGAUCCAUAUACGCAGUAUAAUAGUGAGAUAUGUUGACACAAAGGCGGAUAUGUUGACACAAAGGAGGGCAAAUGUGUGUACAGUUUCAAUGCACAAGAACCCCUAAGAUCAUACUAACAAGAUCUCAAACGUCUGGAGUUUCUUUUUUUAUAUUAUAUGGAUGAUUUGAUCCGCGAAGAUCAUCAUAUCCUUUUCCCAAAUUGUGUGUAUAUGUCAAUAUGUUGUAGAUAAAUUCUUUAGUUUAUUUUCAUAUGUCCUUAGAUGUUCCUAAGUUUGUGUAAACAAAUAAAGAUUGGCAUCUUUUAGGAUUGUUUGUAUAGAAGUUCUCUAAUCCCAUUGUAAAGCCUUUUCAUAACCUUCAUAUUCCCUCUGUUUCAUUUUACGUGAAGAUGUAAUUUUUUAUUUUUAUAAAAAUCAUUAGCUA